AUGGACUAUCACUAUGGCCUAUCCGUUGCACAGCAGGAUCAGUCUCCCACAGGUAUUACUUUUCCUUCUCCCAAUGUUGUUUCUCAUCCUUUAUCCAAUGUUUUAACAUAUGACUCAUGUUGUCCUUCAUAUAAGGGUUUUGGUCUUAGUUCCAUUGUUCACACUGAACCCCAUACUUACUCUCAAGCUGUUAAGCAUGAUCACUGGCGUAAGGCAAUGGACAAGCGUUAUAAAGCUCGAUUGGUUGCCAAAGGCUUUAACCAAAUCGAGGGAGUUGAUCAUUUUGACACAUUUUCCCCAGUUGCAAAGAUGACUUCUGUCCGGGUUCUACUUGCUGUUGCUGCUUUAAAACAUUGGCACCUUGAGAAACUCGACGUUAACAACGCCUUCUUACACAGUGAUCUCAACGAAGACGUUUACAUGGUUCCACCUCAAGGCCUUCCAGUUUCUGAUUCCUUUCUUGCCCAGGCAGACCACUCGAUGUUCACAUAUGCUACCCCUGUCUCUUUAACGGCGUUGUUGGUGUAUGUAGAUGACGUUAUUCUCUCUAGAGACAGUAUGUCUGAGAUUGAGCGUGUCAAAGACUUCCUUGAUCGUCAGUUCUGGAUUAAGGAUCUUGGUAGUCUUCGAUUUUUCCUUGGCCUCGAGGUGGCUCGUUCCACAGCUGGUAUCACUCUUAACCAGCGCAUGUAUGCUCUCGAAUUACUCUCUGAUGCUGGUUUACUUGCCGCUAAAUCGCAAUCCUCCCCUAUGGAUUCUUUGGUUAAGCUUGCAAGAACUCAGGGGACUCUUCUUCCUGAUGCAUCUUCCUAUCGACGUCUCAUUGGCCGUUUGUUGUACCUCACUACCACACGUCCUGAUAUAUCCUUUGCUGUACAGCAGCUCUCUCAGUUCGUGUCUCAUCCCUCUAAUGUUCACCUGGCUGCUGCGCAUCGAAUUUUAUGUUACAUCAAGGGUUCUCCGAGCACUGGUUUGUUCUUUUCCUCUUCUGGAGCCCUUCAUGUACGUUCAUUUGCGGAUGCUGACUGGGCUUGUUGCCCUGAUACACGAUGUUCGAUCACUGGCUUCUGUGUUUUUGUUGGUUCUUCGCUGAUCUCCUGGAAAUCCAAGAAGCAAUCCACUGUUUCUAGGUCUUCCUCGGAGGCAGAGUACCGAGCCUUAGCAGCACUAUCUUGCGAGUUGAAAUGUAUAUGA